AUGCACCCUGCUGCCGUGGCAGCGGGCGACUGGUUGCAGGGGCCGUACGUGUACGCGCUGUAUCAGCACUACGGGUACGACAAGGGCGACAUCGGCCGCCUCUUCAUCGCAGGCUUCGGCUCCUCCAUGGUCUUCGGCACCAUCGUCGGCUCGCUGGCCGAUAAGCAUGGGCGGCGGCGCGCAUCACUGACAUACUGUGGGGUGUACGUGCUGUCGUGCCUCACCAAGCACUCGCCCGACUACCGCCUGCUCAUGCUGGGCCGCGUGCUGGGCGGCAUCGCCACCUCGCUGCUCUUCUCCGCCUUCGAGAGCUGGCUCGUGGCGGAGCACUUCAAGGUACAGCAAGUCGGGUCUUGGUCUUGUGCUCUUUUCGGCGCAGUGGCUGUCGGUGACGUUUUCCUCGGCCAUCUGGCUGGGCACGGGCUCAUCGCCAUCCUCUCAGGGCUGCUCGCCAACUCGCUCGUCACGUCGCUGGCGCUGGGCCCCGUGGCCCCCUUUGACGCCGCUGCGCUCGUGCUGCUGCUGGGCGGCGCCAUCAUCACAGCCACAUGGCCGGAGAACUACGGCGACAGCACCGACUCCAAGGGCUGCUCGCCCAGUUCCACGCCGCCGCCUCCGCCAUCGCUCAGGUGGGCUGCCAUCGCCUCAGGUGGGCUGCCAUCGCCUCAGGUGGGCUGCCAUCGCCUCAGGUUGGCUGCCAUCGCCUCAGGGGGUGCCAUCGCCUCAGGUGGGCUGCCAUCGCCUCAGGUGGCUGCCAUCGCCUCAGGUGGGCUGCAUCGCCUCAGGUGGGCUGCCAUCGCCUCAGGUGGGCUGCCAUCGCCUCAGGUGGGCUGCCAUCGCCUCAGGUGGGCUGCCAUCGCCUCAGGUGGGCUGCCAUCGCCCCAGGGGGAUGGGGAGGGGUAA